AUGAGAGCUCAAUACUGGGCCCUGUUGGCCCUUACUGGAUAUAGCCUCGCAGACACAAUCGUCACCCGCAAUACUGCUGUAAGUAACUGUCCACCUUUGGGUGCUGUUCUUCCGCCGCCCAAAGAGCCUUCGAAGAAUGAAGCAGUCAAGGAAGCUCUGUCUCGGAUCCAGGAGCUUCAAGAAGAAGUAGAAUUCCUGCUCGGGAACGCCACAGGUGUUGCAGUGUCAGUUUCGUCAGCUUACGAGCAUGAUAUUCUCGGCAGCCUAGCAUACACCCCGGCUGUUUACAACACAUCUGGCACACAUGCAGUUGAUGAUGACACCGUCUUUAGAAUCGCAAGUGUCAGUAAAGUGUUCACAGCGAUGAGCUUGCUUCUUCUCGGUGACAAUAUCAGCUUCUCUGAUCCUAUUACCAAAUACGUACCAGAGUUGAAUGAGCUCAAAAGGCAGCAAAGCAUGCAGAAUGAUAUCACAAUAAUGGACUGGGAUCACAUAACAAUCGAUUCCAUGGCCAGUCAUCUUGCAGGCGUGGGCAAUAACUUGGGAAAUGAUCUGGCUAAUCAGCCUGCAUUUAAUCCCACGAAAUACGGCCUUCCAGAACUGCCUCCUGAUGGUCAUAGUGAAUGCGGUGCUCUGGCGUCGUCGAGACCAUGUACCUGGAAAGACUUUUGGACAAAGUUUGGUAGGAAGGAAGCAACAUGCGGACCUUAUACCACCCCAGCAUAUAGCGACGUGGCAUAUGAUAUCCUAGGACUCGUUAUCGAGCGAGUCUCAGGCGAGUCCUAUGGAGAUUUUGUGCAGAACCAUAUUUUCACACCUCUCAACAUGACCAACACCUAUGCUUCCAAGCCCAAAGACGAUAGCGUUGGGUUUAUCUCACGCGAAUCAAAUUUCUGGAGUACUUCAAUGGGAUUUCAACAAGCGGACGGAGGCCUCUAUUCAUCAGCAAACGAUCUAGCAAAAUUUGGUCAAGCUAUUCUGAGCUAUAAGCUGGUGGACAAGAUUAGGACUAAAGCCUGGUUGAAGCCGCGUACCCAUACUUCGUCUCUGGGACUCUCAGUCGGGGCGCCAUGGGAGAUCUGCCGUGCGAAUAACCUGACUGUAGACGGGCGCAUUAUCGAUGUCUAUACUAGAAUCGGUGAUAUCCCUGACUACAAUGCGCUCUUUGCAGUCAUUCCCGACUAUGGUCUCUCCAUGUCAGUCCUAUCGGCAGGCCCAGAGUCUAGCCUAGAUAACCAGCUGUACAUAGCCACCCAGGUCUUACAGCCCCUAGUGAGAAGCUUGGAAGCGGCUGGCAAGGCAGAGGCAAAGCUUAAUUAUGCAGGCACAUAUGAAAACCGUCAGACGAACAGCAGCAUUGAGUUACGCAUCGACGAUCAAUCCGGGCUUCAUGUGAAGAACUGGAUCAUGAACGGGCAUGAUGUUCUCGAAGACUAUGCCAGUAUCUCCUCGUUCGGGGCAUCAAGCAGCAUUUCAUCGUACUUGUCAGUGCGCCUGUUUCCGACUGGUCUCGAAUCAAGAAAUUACUCGGCCUGGCGUGCUGUGUAUAGCACUUUGGACCCGUCGGUAGUCCAGGCACAGGAGAAUGCAGUAUUCUUUCUGCAGUCGGGGUGCCGAAGCUGGGAAACCAUAGAUAACCUGGUGUACGGGUAUAACGCAUUUGAUGAUUUCGUGUUUGGAUUUAAUGGGACCGGUGAUUCUGCGAUCAGUAUCAGGCCACAAGCUUUUCGGCAAACGCUCACACGAGUCUAA